AUGAUUAUUUCAUAAUUAAAGUGUUUGAAUAAAAUUUGGUUUUAUAUAAUAAAAAUUUAAUUAAAUGUCCCUCAGUUAACUGUCAGGAAAACAAGGAAUAAAUUAUGCAAGUAAGAUGUUUUUUUAAUAUGUUCAAGAGAACUCAGACAUAAAAAGUCUCCAAAUGAUUAAUAGUCAUUUGGUUUAUUUGAGGACAUGAACAGAAACAAUUUAUAAUAUAUUGAAUCAUUAAUCCAAAAACGCAAACCUAGUGUAGAUAUGAAACAUUAAAGAGCUAAAUCAACACUUGAUAACAAAUAACAUUCAUAUAGACAUGGUACACCCAUAAAUGAUAUAGAGGAAUUGGAAGGAGAAAAACUAUUUGAUUAGUUUUUUAAAUUAAAUAACUCAAAAAGUGAUAGUGAUUUUAUGAAAGAAUCUAUAUAAAGAGAUAGUGUUAAUAAGAAUAAUGAAAAUGAUUUUUUAAAAUUCGUUGAAAAUGCGAUUGAAUAUCAUAGACAUUCAGAUGUUAGAUUUUUUAGACUUUCAGUUAAUAAAUAAUCUCAUUUAGAAUAAAAAUUAAAAGAAACAACUUUAUCAAAUAGACUUCUAGCAAAUUAGUUAAAUCAAUAUAAAUAGAAGGAGAUAGAUCUUAAAAGUAAGAUUAAAAUGAUGCAAAAAGAAUUCACUAUUUAAUAUUAAAAGCUUGUCUAAUAAAAUGCAUGGUUGGAAGAGUUAUUAGCUAAAUAGAAAAUUGAUAAUUAAAAUUCUCUUUUAGCAGUUAAAAAGACGGUUGAAAUGUUAUAAAUUAAAUGUAAAUNA